CACCUAGGGAUCCUCGAAGCCUCCAUUCCCAUUUUCCACACCAAACGCAAAAUGGAAUAGUGCUCCAAUAAAUGUGUCUGCUUCUGCCUUCUCAACACCGCAAAAUUUCUUCAAGUCUUUCCAACUUCUAGCAUCCACUUCUCCAUCUUCUUCCACACAUACGUACAUUCCAAGUCUUCCCGAGAAAUCCCGGCGAGGGUUUUUCAUCCCUGGGUUUGGGUAAGACUCGGUCAACGCCUCGUGGUUUUAAGGUUUUCUUGUAGUGGGUUUGGUGUCUUCUCUGGAGUUCAUCAGUGCAGAUUUGCAGAGCCUCGGAUUUCACUUCCUGGGUAUGUAAUACGUUUCAAUUUCCGCUAUAAACGACGGUUACUGAUGCAUUUUAGUGAUUCCCAGUUACUGAUUUGAUCUGUCUGCUCUGUUGAAAGAUUGGGUAGCUAGGUUUAUUGGGGAAUGUUUUGAUUUUUGAGAUGGGGAUGAUGAAAGUGAUGUCUUCAUAUAGGAAGGGUAGAAUUAAAGACGCUGCCUUUCGUCGGUUGAUUUCUUGGAUGCUGCUGAUUGUAUUAGGGGUGUUAUUGUUGUUAGUGCUUCUUAGGACCAACACAAUUUCUGGGUUAAUUACCAGCUAUAGAUAUGAGGGUUUUGAAAGUUUUGAAAUUGAGGAUUUUAGUAGACCCCCGCCCACAAAAAAGGUGAAGGUGAAGUUGAAUCUUCCUAAACAAAACAGUCUGUCUGUCUCAUUGGAGGUGAGAAACAAAUUGCCUCCUAGGAACAUGGAUUUGUAUCCUAGGUUGGCCAAGGAUCAUAUUGUGAUUGUUUUGUAUGUUCAUAACCGGCCUAAGUAUCUACGGGUAGUAGUUGAUAGCCUCUCCCGGGUUACAGGGAUUAGUGAAACUCUGCUGAUUGUUAGUCAUGAUGGGUACUUUGAUGAGAUGAACGAGAUUGUGGAAGGGAUCAAAUUCUGCCAAGUGAAACAGAUAUUUUCUCCUUACUCUCCCCAUAUAUUCAAUGGCAGUUUUCCUGGUGUGUCACCCCGAGAUUGUAAGGAUACAGAUGACCCAGCUGAGAAGCACUGUGAAGGGACUCCUGAUCAGUAUGGGAACCACCGGUCACCAAAGAUUGUGUCUUUGAAGCAUCAUUGGUGGUGGAUGAUGAAUACUGUAUGGGAUGGGCUAAAGGAGACUCGUAAUCAUGUAGGCCAUAUCCUCUUCAUAGAGGAGGACCACUUCAUUUUCCCAAAUGCAUAUCGCAAUUUGCAACUUCUUGCUGAACUGAAGCCCGAUAAGUGCCCGGAUUGCUAUGCAGCAAAUUUGGCACCAUCUGAAGUGAAGUCGAGGGGAGAGGGAUGGGAUGCUUUGAUAGCAGAAAGGAUGGGAAAUGUGGGCUAUGCCUUUAAUCGAACUGUAUGGAAUAAAAUACAUAUGAAGGCAGCAAAAUUUUGUUCAUUUGAUGAUUAUAACUGGGAUAUAACAAUGUGGGCCACAGUUUACCCUUCAUUUGGUACGCCUGUUUACACAUUACGUGGGCCAAAGACAAGUGCUGUUCAUUUUGGGAGAUGCGGCUUGCAUCAAGGGGCUGACAAAGUAGCUUGCAUUGAUAAUGGUGAAGUGUCAAUUGAUCUUGUAGAUGAUGAUAAGGUUACCAACAUCAGAUCAGAUUGGGGAGUGCAUGUUCACGAGCACCAAUCAGGAUAUCAGGCUGGGUUCAAAGGUUGGGGAGGCUGGGGAGACCUGCGAGAUCGUCAAAUGUGUAUGGACUUUGCUAAGAUGUAUGCUUGAGGAUAUGCCAUUUACUUUCAGAGUAGUGGCUUUUCAAGCUUCAUUGUCAUUGUUAUAGAGGUUUGACUUAUUACUCUGUAUGAAACACCUGCAGAUGGUACACGAAUGUAAAACUUAUGGAAGACCUCAUGGUACUUUUACGUAUUUAAGCCAUCCACCAUGAAAAAUCAAAGUUGCUGCAGUAUUUUGACACAAAUCCAGUUCUUUUUUUUUU